AUGGACAACCUGUACAACACAUCAUCUGUUUUAGUGCUAAAUGGCUUUAAUCUAUCCUCUGAAAGUGUCUUUCCUGCGUUUCUUUUUGCAACUCUGAGCUACAUGAUCAUACUUUUCUGCAACCUCAUUCUAAUCCUCACCAUUGGGCUGAACAAAUGUCUGCAUCAACCCAUGUAUCUAAUUCUGCUGAACCUUCCUGUCAAUGACCUUAUAGGCUCCUCAGCACUCUUCCCACAGGUCAUUAAAGAAAUACUGACUAAUAGUAAGACAAUGCAAUACUCCACUUGUGUUGCCCAAGCCCUUUUUAUCCACAUCUAUGUAGCAGGUACAGUGUUCAUUCUGUCUGCUAUGGCAUAUGAUAGAUACAUUGCUAUAUGCUGCCCUUUGAAAUACAACACUGUUAUGACUAAUGCACACAUUAUGAGCAUAAUCACAAUUGUAUGGAUGAGUAGUUUAAUUAUGAUAGGUGUGCUUUUUUUUCUGCUUUUGCGUUUACCCCGCUGUCGAUCUGUAAUGACACAUACCUACUGUGAUAAUCCAUCUUUGCUGACUCUGGUCUGUGCCGACACAACCAUCAACAACAUUUAUGGUCUUUUUCUUGUUGCUCUCUCUCAAGUGAUAUCUAAUGGAAUGGUUUUGUAUACAUAUCUCCAGAUCCUUGUUGCAUGCUUCAGAUCCAAACGAUCAGACACAAAAGCCAAAGCUCUGCAGACGUGUGCUACACAUCUAAUAGUUUUUCUCCUGUUGGAGUGUCUGGGUCUUUUCACCAUCAUAUCAUACAGAAUUAAGAACAUUUCACCACAUUUAAGGAGAUUCAUAGGGUUGUCGACAUUCAUUUUCCCCCCAACACUAAAUCCAAUCAUCUAUGGACUGAAAACAAAGGAAAUUCGAGAAAGAGUAGUACACUUAUUUAGGAAUAAGAUCAAUCCAUUUUAA